GACAGAGUGAUGCAGCGAUCCACAACAGACCACAACGACCUAGAAAUGAAUACGAGUGCGCGGCAUUCGGUCUAGUAAAUACUCUCUUCCCCAAGCACAGAAGCUACAAGCAAAUCAACGACUAGCCUUACCAAAGAUGGCCCCUGGUGCGCAUAAAGAAUCGUCCCCACCCGCUGCUAGAUGUCGACAGCGAACUGGGAGAGCCUGUGAAGAAUGUCGACGACGCAAGUUGAAAUGCGAUGGGCAAGAACCCCGAUGCGGAGUUUGUGCCGCAUCUGGCGCUAUCUGCGAGGUCAACACUGACCGCGCACUACGCGGUCCUAAGAAGGGCUAUCUGAAGGCGCUGAGAAAUAGAGUCGCGAUGCUAGAAUCUCGACUGUCCGUACAGCAGCAGGUCGGGUGUACCUCCGAGAGCCAAUUGUCGACCCCUCUAACAGAUCUUCCUGACGGCUCAAGUGCCUCCAGGGCCUUACAACUGCAUUCGCCUUCCAUAUUGUCAGCGUCCGAGAACGUGACUGUUGGUUUGUUGCACACUCGCCCCACUGGCUGGCGGGUCGGGUCUCUCGGGAUAUCAAGCAAGGAGAGUCAUGGGCUUGUAUCGAUUUCUGAACUUGUGCAGGCUGAGCUGGAUCAACUAUAUUUCGACCGAGUACAACCGUCAAUUCCGUUACUUCAUCAGCGCCGAUAUCUGUCUUGGGCACGUCAUCCUGCGAUGAAGAGAUCGUGUCGAUCUUUACAGUACGCGAUGUGGUCACUGGCGGCACUUCUUUCCAUAAAAUUCCAACACUUUCAGGAGUCUUUGUAUCAGGAAGCAAAAGCAAUGCUGGAACUCUCUUAUUUAGCCGGAAACAAGAACCCAGUUGUUGAUACAGAAGAGAUUCAAGCCUGGAUUUUGAUCGCGACAUAUGAGUUUAUGCGCACUUACCACCGGCUGGCGUGGAUGAGUGCUGGGCGAGCUUGUCGCCUGGUACAACUCGAGAGGCUACAUGAGAUAGACAAUCCCGCCAAUACACCCGUGCCCGACUCCAAGCAUAUCGAGGUAGAAGAAAAGCGGCGGGUGUUUUGGAUGGCUUACUUCUAUGAUCACUUGUUCAGCAUGCGCAACAAUUGGCCCGUUACCUUGAACGAACAUGUGGUCUGCACGCGCCUUCCAGCUCCAGAGGUUAAUUUUCAGAACGGGCAGCCUGUGGUGGGCGCUUUCUUAUCCGAAGCGAUCGUGGACCUUGACUCUCAGGGGACGACCCCUUUCAAUGAAUGUGUUAUCCUUGCCACAAUAUGCGGUCGAAGCCUCUUCCAUGUCCAGCAAUACAAUGUUCGCUUGGCCUACGGGGACAUGGCACCUAGUUGGUCUGAACAGCACCGGUGGCUAGAAAAUGUCCUAACUAACCGACUCCAAACUCUCUCUCGAUCGUAUCCCUCGCCAACCCAGAGUUGCGAUUCCAUGCUCCUAUUCGCACAUGCCAUGGCACAGGCAACUGCGCUCUAUCUUUGUAAAGGAGGUGAUUCCUUCCUAUCGGCAGCCGACGACGAAAUGUUUAUAAUGGAGUAUCGACGGCGCGCACUGGGAGCAGCCCAGCAAAUCGUCUCCCUCACCAAAACCCUGACAGAGUUUAACUUCUUGAAGAUCCAUCCUUUAAUGCCUAUCCCGUUGUUAUCUUGCGCCGAAUAUAUCUACAGCAAUCGAGGCUCCAAUGAGGCUUUCGAUAAGCAUCUCCAAGAGCUUGUACAUGCUUUCCACCAGCUAAAGAAUGUAAACAAUCCUAGCCAGAACUAUAUGCACCUAUUAGAACUGUCAUGUAUAUCGACAUCGAAAGAAUUGGCAAAAGAGAGCUCGAGCACAUCGUGAUCUGUUCCAAGGAAUUCGAUCUCCCUUCUAGCGUGUUCCGCUGGUCGCCGUUACGAUGUUGUAUAUAAUGACCGUUGAGACAUCGGUAGAGCAUACAUACCAUCCAUACCUUGAGAUACAUGUCGGGGAUAUCAGAUUGGCUGUUGUUGAGACCCUGCAGCAUGGGGAUUUUGGGUUAAAAGUGUGUUGUCAAGGUCAUCAGACCCUUCCAAUCCCACGCUAAAGCCAUUGACUGAAUAUGAGACGCGAGAUUUCUCUACCUGUAUUGCAUAAGUACGUGAUAAAACUAGGAUGGGUAUCUAGACUCCCUUGGGUGCAGUCUGCGAAUCCACAACCUAUCCACGCCCCAAAAUACUUCUUUUGUUAAGCAGUGACUGGGUUCACAAAAGACUGUGGGUUUGAAUCCGAUGCCGGAGGCAUACAAUUUUCCUCCCGGGCAGAAUUG